CUAUCAGCUUCCGCGUUCGCGCUGGCCCGAGUCCGCCGGGUUGGAGGGCGAGGGCGCAGGGUCCCAUGCUUCGCACGUCCCAGCCCGCCCGCCGGCGGGGUCCGCUGGGUUCGGGUCUGCCGCCCCCCGGGGGACCUAAUGGCCUCGGAAAGCCUGGAGGGGCAGCUGGUGGCCGUGCUAGGGGGCCAGGGGCUGCCGGUGCAGCGCUGUGACUCAGAGCCGGCGGGCGAGCCCCGGGCUCCCGUGCGGCUGCGGAGGGAUGUCUGCUACGUGGUGCUGGCCGUGUUCCUCAACGAGCAGGAUGAGGUGCUGCUGAUCCAGGAGGCUAAGAGGGAGUGCCGAGGGUCAUGGUACCUUCCUGCAGGGCGAAUGGAGCCCGGGGAGACCAUCGUGGAGGCGCUGCAGCGGGAGGUGAGGGAGGAGGCUGGGCUGCACUGUGAGCCCGUGACGCUGCUGUCCAUGGAGGAGCGGGGUCCCUCCUGGAUCCGCUUCGUGUUCCUCGCUCGCGCCACAGGUGGAAUUCUCAAGACGCUGAAGGAGGCAGAUGCCGAGUCUCUGCAGGCUGGCUGGUACCCGAGGAUCUCCCUGCCCAGUCCGCUUCGAGCCCAUGACAUUCUGUACCUGAUUGAGCUGGCCGCCAAGUACCACCAGCAGGCUAGGCACCCUCUGGUUCUGCCCCAGGAGUUGCCUUGCAGUGUGAUAUGCCUGAGGCUUGUUGUCACUUUUACCAGUGUCCAGACUGUGUGGGUACUGGUGGGCAUGGUGGGGAUACCACACUUGCCCAUUGCUGCCUGUGGCUUUACCCUGAUGGAGCAGAGGGGUGGCAUCAAGGUGGCCAUCCUGCGGCUGCUGCAGGAGUGUCUGACCCUUCACAAUUUGACAGUGGAAACCAAGGGGUUGCUUGGGUUGCAGCACCUGGGCAGAGACCAAACAGAUGGCAUCUGCCUCAAUGCCCUGGUGACAGUGGCUUUUCGGAACCCAGGAAGCCAAGAUGAGCCCCCUAAGAUUCGGGGUGAGAACUACUUUUGGUGGAAGGUGAUAGAGGGAGACCUACAGAGCCAGCUUCUCCAGAGGCUCCAGGAAUCUUCUGUUGUCCCUGUAAACAGAUAGGGAGGGGCCAGUAGGCGUCAGGAACUGGGCAGCUGCAUCCUCUCCAUGGGACUCUGCCUCCUCUGAGGCUGACAAGAGGCUGGCAGUCAGGGAUCCUGAUGCAGAGGGUGCAGGACCGGUUCUCCUGGCCAAAGGGUACUUCAUGCAGCCGACCCCCACUUUGCACCAAAAGAACAGUGCCUUUAACUAAACGAGGAGCGCAGAGCUCAAAGGCCUGACUGCCUUGAGGCCAUAUGGAUGCUUCUUCCAGAGUCCAGGAGCUUUCUGAACCCCUUGCCCACCACACUGAAGAUCUUCACACUGAUCCUUUUGGACUUGGAGAGGAAUAUAGGGAGGUCCUCAAAAGAGGGCCCCAUAAAAAAUGUUUUUAAAAAAAUAAAAAUAAGAGGACCGCAUGCUAUGUAAAUAAUGUUUUUUACCCUUCCUUUCCUGCCUAAAUAUCUCUUGGAAAGAAUAAAGGGGCUCUUGCUGGAACUGCUGCUCCCUUCUGACACUGCAAGGUACUGCUGUCUCCUCCAGCCCAAGCUACUGGACUGUCUCUAGGCAGGAGGUGGCUGUGAGAGAACCAGUUCCCUAAUGGAACUACAGCUCAGACCCGUAUGGGUUGAGCAGUAGGGAUUCCAGGAAGCUGCAGAUGGGAUGGAAGCCAGACAUGUUUCUUUCCUCCCAAACUUCCAUGCUCUGAUCCCUAUCCACCUGCUCUUCUGCCUCUGCCUUUACACUUUCAGCCCAAUGUGGACUAAAGCUUUUGGUUUCAGCAAAGCCCAGCAAAGAGUAAUAGAAUUUUUAUUUAUUUUUUUUUUAAAUAAAAGCUUUACUGGAAAACCAAA